UCGACUGUCUGGAAAAUUGACUGGAUGUUUGGACAGACGUCCCUUUUAGUUGUAAUUCAGCCAUUCCCUGAUCAUCAGUUAGUUGAUGGCGGAAUAAAACUGGAAUUAGAUCGCUAAAAAGGCCGACGCAGACUUCUAUAGGACAGAAAAGCUUAAUUUCCCGCAGCACUUAAAGGCAACUUUCCGCCAAACCGGAUGUGAUGUUUUCUUUCUUAGUGGAGCUGCGAUUAAGCUAACUAGUUAGCAAUGUCUAGUGUUGAGGAAAGCUCAGUUGAAUCUGUAGAAGUUAAAGAAGACCAGGAGUUUGAUGUAGAAGCCGGGGAGCUCACCGGGGAUGAAUCUGCUGUUGACCCGACUCGAUAUGUGUUUUACAGAGAUAGAAAAGACUGGGCUGACCUGGAACCUGUUCCACAGGAUGAUGGUCCAAAUCCUGUAGUGAAGAUCGCCUACUCGGAAAAGUUCUCAGAUGUUUACGACUAUUUCCGCGCCCUCCUAAAGAAUGAUGAAAAAAGUGACCGGGCUUUCGCUCUGACAGCAGAUGCCAUCGACCUAAAUGCUGCAAAUUACACAGUCUGGCACUACAGGCGAGUGCUCCUGCAAGCCCUAUCAAAGGACCUGAGGGAGGAGAUGAAGUACAUUACUGGCAUUAUUGAAGAGCAACCCAAAAACUAUCAAGUCUGGCAUCACAGACGUAUGGUGGUCGAGUGGUUGAAUGACCCCUCGGAGGAACUGCAGUUCAUCGCAGACAUUCUCAGCCAAGAUGCAAAGAACUACCACGCCUGGCAGCACAGACAGUGGGUCAUCCAGGAGUACAAACUGUGGGACAACGAGCUGGAGUUUGUGGAGAAGCUGUUGGAAGAAGAUGUGAGGAAUAACUCUGCAUGGAACCAGAGGCAUUUUGUGAUUUCUCACACAACAGGCUUCUCAGAUCAAGUCGUAGUGGAGAGAGAGAUUCAGUAUUGCCUGAACCAGAUCAAGAAGGCUCCCCACAAUGAAAGUGCGUGGAAUUAUUUGAAAGGGAUGCUACAAGACCGAGGUCUGUCAUCUCCGCCAGGUCUGUUGGAGAGGGUGCUGGAGCUGAAGCAGACUCAUUGCUCACCUUACCUUUUAGCAUUUCUCUUUGAUUGCUAUGAGGAUGCCUUAGAGAACAGCGCCCAAAAGGAAAAGGUGGACGAAGAGGAGCAAAAGGAAAGUUUAAGAAAGGGUCUAGAAAUUUGUGAACAACUGGCACAGGAGAAGGACACCAUCCGUAAGGAGUACUGGCAGUUUUUGGGACGUUCUUUGAGGAACAAAUAUGGAAACGACGCUCCCUCUGAUGAGCCGGUGGCCGAAAAUCCCGAGCCAUCGGUCGCGGCAUCUGAGCCGCAGGUGGUUAGCUAGGUCUCCCAAGAGACUCGCACCAUUUCCACUCCCUGCACUGCUUCACCAGUACUGUCUGCAGCAUCAACUACUGAAGCCUGAAAUCUCUGUAAAUUGCUAUAAUGAAUGCAAACCCAUUUUUCACAUAAACAUCUCUCAAAAAAAAGUUUUUGUUUUGUUUGGAGAAUUAAUCUACCUGUGUUUUAACAAAAGGAAGAGAAAUAUAAGUUUGUAAUAACUGGUUACAUGUUGGUCUGUCUUUUUUUUUUUUAAAUGAGAAUAAAACAAGUGUGAGAUGAAAUGCAGCUACAUUCAGAUCCAUCACUUACACAACAUCACAGCUUAUUUCCAAAUCUACAGUGCGCCUUUUAAAUGAGUCACUUUUAUUUUUGUUUUUUUUGGUCCUCUGAACUUUGCAGCCUCUGUAUUGAUGCUCGCAGCCUCAUGUCCGGGCCUCCCUUGGAGCGAGGAAAUGGAUUUACUCCACUAGAUGCAGCUGUUUCUACUUCUGCGGACACUGCAACGUAAUCUGUUCCCUUACAGUUUCUGACCAAGCAGCCAGCGUUCCAGCUGUGUGUAAUUAUAGCUUCUGUACAUCAUUGACAUUAGAGCAACACUGCUUGCGUGGUGUGGUGAACCCUGUGAUCAGCACAUUCACGUCAUCAGCACUUGGCAGGCUGGUGCAGUGCCCGUUCAGAGCGAGAGGAGCCCGGGUUACUUUAUUGCUGCAAUUUAUUGGUGUUCUUUAAACAUGUCACAUGCAGGCAAUCAGGAUACUUCAUUAAUGUGUGUGUGUGGGUGAUUGUGCCUUCAAAAUGUGGCUGUACAAAACAGAUUAAAUGUACAUUAAAAAAAAGAACUAUAG